AUGAAGGCCGGAGUCGCUGGAGAUAACGAGCCAAGUGCUGCGUUUCCCAGCAUUGUUGGUCGUCGUCGCCCCGGUGGUGAAGACAGGGGCACCUGGUGGGAUGCGAAUAAGGAUGCUUACGUUGGGGAUGAAGCCGUGGCCAAGCGUGGAGAUUUGGCGCUGAAGUAUCCCAUCGAGCACGGUAUUGUGACGAACUGGGACGACAUGGAAAAGAUUUGGCACCACACCUUCUACAAUGAGCUUCGUGUCACUCCAGAGGAGCGUCCGGUGCUUCUGACUGAACCUCCUAUGAAUCCCGAGGCGAAUCGCGAAAGGAUGACGCUGGUUAUGUUUGAGACUUUCAACGUGCCGGCGGUGUAUGUCGCCAUUCAGGCCGUGCUCUCCUUAUAUGCCAGCGGUCAUACCACUGGUAUGGUUCUGGAAUCCGGUGAUGGUGUGACCCACGCUGUCCCCAUCCACGAGGGUUACGCUCUGCCGGACGCGACUCUCCGUUCGGAUCUUGCCGGACGUGAUUUGACUGAUUACCUGGUUUCGCUGUUAAGUGAGAGGGUUUACUCCUCCACAUCUGCCGAGCGGGUAAUUGUGAGGGACAUCAAGGAGAGGCUCGCUUACGUUGCAAUUGACUUCGAACAGGAGAUGGCGACUGUAGACAGCUCGUCUACUUUGGAGCAGAGUUAUGAGCUUCCUGAUGGCCAGGUUAUUACCGUUGGUUCUGAGCGGUUUAGGUGCCCAGAAGCGCUCUUCAACCCGUCGCUGGCUGGAAAGGAAGGCUCGGGUGGUAUUCAUGAGCUGUGCUACAACAGCAUCAUGAAGUGUGACGAAGGUAUCAGGCGGGACCUGUGCAGCAACAUUGUUCUCAGCGGCGGCACCACUUUGAUCCCUGGAAUCGCUGCUCGCAUGACCAAGGAAGUGACUCAGCUGGCACCCACCAUGUGCACUAAGGUGGUUGCUCCACCUGAGCGGAAGUACAGUGCGUGGAUUGGUGGAUCCAUGUAUGCGUCUCUGAGCACCUUCCAGCAGAGGGCCGCCCAUUUCGCCCACUUCGAUGAUUCCUCCCGCCUCUCCUCCGCUCGCCGCACGGGCGCGGGCGAAACCUCUCCCGUCGCCGGCGCUUCCGCCCCCUCCGCUUCCGCGCAGAGGCGGCAGAGGCGGCUGGAUGACCCCGCGCUGCUGCUGCUGGUGGGCGGCGUGGCGGCGGAGCUGGCUGUGGCGAGGGGGACCUGCACCGCGCGCUCUUGA